AAAUUCUUCAUCACAACCACAUCAUAUCGUCGACUUAUGGAACAAUCGAUCACAAUCGUGAGAGCGAUUUCGGAAGUCGACACACAGAACGAGGACAACUGAACCUGUAUAUGCAAGAGGCGAAAUCCUCCGCGAUUGUGGCAAUGUCUUCUAACAAGUUUGCUAUUAUCUUUCCCGAGCACAAUGGCUACUUGUUCUGCCAGGCCUUAGGACUAUGUGCGAAAGAAGACCAGGCCGACCAACCCUAACAACAGAGCCAACGGAGGGGUCGACAAGCCUGAUGUGUCACUUCAUAAGAAGCAUCAGCGGAUCCCUGACCUCCGCUCGUGGGAGCAAUUUGCUGUUUUGCCUGAGGGUCACAAGGACCACCAGGACUUCAAAUCUCUCUCACUUGUCACUCAGUAUUGCAAUGGGGGUACUGUUGGACGCUUCGUACACGUGCUAAAAACGGCGAAGGUCAUGCCAUGCGAGGUCCUGCUGUGGCGAAUGAUGGAUCAAUUGCUUGAAGUAGUUGAGGCCUUGCACCAUGAGCCCACCCCGUUGGUUCACAAGGACCUGCACGCACACAACAUCUUCUUGAACUUUGAUCAAGAAGAUUCCCCACUCCCCGACUUCUAUGUAGGAGACUUCGGAUUGGCUACUCCCCUUCAGAACUUGGGGCGCGAUAAUGGGCCUGUUGUCGAGGAUCCUUUCGAGGCCGAAGACAUUUACAGAGAUUGGAUCGGCAUUGGCAAUGUCAUGCAGAGCUUGAUCUUUUGUGGGUAUUCCGGCGACGCAUGGGGGUCGGCCACCCAGGCCAGCAUGACAGCACAUCUGUCACGGUUCUCGUCUGAGUUCCAGCAAUGCUGGACCAGCUUUGAAGAUGUCAUCUGCGCUGCAUCAAAGCACCAUCUUGAGGUCGCACAGCUCCGAGACCUCCAUAAGACUGUAGAGAAGCACGCGCAGCUCUCUCGUAGUUCCAUGGACCCGAACAACAGCUAUCAGUGGACUCGUCAAGAUAGAUACACCCAUCCGGAGCUUUCGGAGGACGACCAAUGUCAAGGAAAACACGAUGUUGUUUUCUUCGACUCUCGGCAUGAAUUGCUGCAGCACGCCAAGUCAAUCCCUGGCCCAUGGCACAUCGCACGAGUUGAUCCACAGACAAUGCAUGUCACUGGCAUUGAGAAGCUGUCGUUCAACCUGCACUUGCCUGCAAUCAAGCUGCAGAAGGCAGAUCAUCCUAGGGGUGCUUGGGGAGCGUUGAACCGAAAUCGGGAAGACCAUGACAAGGUAGACCAGCUUGUCAAGACUGAGGUCGAUCACAUCGGUCUCGAUAAAAUCCUGACGGCUGCUGAAGCCUUGGGGCGUCCCGGUAACGAUGAGGUCCAAGCCUUUUUUGAGCUUGAUGUUGCCUUGACCGACAAGAUCCUGCACGCAUAGCUGCUAUGGAUC